GCUGCUCGCUCCACCUUUAUAUGGAAAAUACGGAUCUGCAGGGCGCAUUUCUUCUCUCCAGCCCGGGAGAAAGCGCACGGAGGAGGAGGGUGAAAUGAAAACAGCCGCGAUUCAUGGACUCACCGCGCAGCAUGAGGAUACUACAACUACCAACAAGGGAGGACCUGGCAUGGACCGCCGUGUCUAAAUGAAGUGGUUCAGCCAUGCAAUGUUCCUGGAAGGCAGUGAUCCUGCUGGCCUUGGCCUCCAUCGCCAUCCAGUACACGGCCAUCCGGACGCUCACCUCCAAGCCUUUCCAGCUGUGCCCGCUGCCCAGCCCUCAGAACUGUGGCCUGGGGGGCCAGGAGACAGACCCUCCCUUUGAGCGCGGAGCGGCUGGCGGGGGAGGCUGUGACGACUACCCUUACUUCUCCAUCAAUGCCACACGAAAAACGCACAUCCUGGUCCUGGCCACCACCCGCAGCGGCUCCUCGUUUGUCGGCCAGCUGCUCAAUCAGCACCAGGAGGUGUUCUACCUGUUCGAGCCUCUCUAUCAUGUCCAGACCACACUGAUUCCACGUCUGUCACACAGCCGCAACGCUGCAGAUCGACGUGUAAUGCUCGGCGCCAGCCGUGACCUCCUGCGCAGCCUGUACGGUUGCGACCUCUACUUCCUGGAGAGCUACAUCAAACCCACGCCCACCAACCACACCACUGAUAAGCUGUUUCGCCGCGGUGCCAGCCGAGCGUUGUGCCAGCAACCUGUAUGUGAUGCCUUUGGUCCUGCUGAUGUGAAUGUGGAGGAAGGGGACUGUGUGAAAAAAUGUGCGACUCUAAACAUGACCUUGGCGACGGAGGCGUGCAGAGAGAAGCGCCACGUGGCGAUCAAAAUAGUCCGGGUGCCAGAGAUUGGAGAUUUACGAGCUUUGGUUGAAGACCCGCGGCUGAACAUCAAGGUGAUCCAGCUGGUCAGAGACCCGCGUGGUAUCCUGUCUUCAAGGAUCGAGACUUUCAGGGAUACGUAUCGUCUGUGGCGUAUUUGGAGGGCCACGGGGCGACGACCUUAUAAUUUAGACUUGAGUCAGCUUACUGUUGUCUGUGAAGACUUUCUAAGUUCUGUUUCCACCGGCCUGAGCCAUCCCUACUGGCUGAAAGGGAAAUACAUGCUGGUUCGCUAUGAGGAUUUAGCCAGGAACCCGCUCCUUAAGACGAAGGAGAUCUACGACUACCUGGGGAUGGCUAUGGAUAAAAAUGUGGAAGAGUGGAUACAUGCGAACACUCGGGGCAGCAACGAGCCGUCAGCUAAACACAAGUUUGGUACGGUGAGGGACUCGGCAGCUAACGCGGAGAGCUGGCGUUUGAAACUCUCCUAUGACAUGGUCGAAUACACGCAGACUGUGUGUCAGAAAGUACUCCACCAGCUGGGAUACAAGGCUGUGAGAUCAGUGGAGGAACUGAAAAAUAUGUCCCUCUCACUGGUACAGGACAAAACUUUUGUACCUUUUUUGUAACAAAGAUAGUUCUCUAAUGACUAUUUUUGAUAUAUUUAUAAUUGUUGCCUUAUUAUUUCCUUAGUUUGGUUCUGUUUCUGUCAUUUUGUUUCUUCAAAUUUGCACUAAACUUUGAAUAUUUGAAUGCAUCGAGGGACCUGUGGAUGAUUCCCUUAUGUUGCAGAACAGCACACUUUGAACACAAUGGCCCUUAUUUAUCAAACUGGUGCAGAAACCGGUGCAGAUUUCAGUGUAAAAAUCAUCUAAGGACAAGGUCCACAUGGGAUUUAUGAAACAAGCAUGUCUGGUCAAUGACAGCUUACAACUGAGUGGGUGUAAAUGUGGUGGCUGAAAGGAUCGCAUUGAAAUAACAUGAUCCUUUAUAUUAACGGUUCAGCCGGCCUCGCCCCCAGAGUUUACAACAUGGACGGACGAAAUACAGCAAAAAAAGAGACUGCCCUUAUUGUGGGGUCAAGUUCAAGCUUAGAGAAGAAAAUGUAAUUUUUUAUAAAUGUGGUGGCUGAAAAGGAACGCUUUGAAAUAACACGAUCCUAUCUUUUUACGUUUCAGCCGGCCUCGCCCCCAGAGUUUACAACAUCAAGGGAUGAAAAAAAAGACACACCUCCCUUAUUGUGGUGUCAAUUUCCAGCUGAGAGAAGAAAAUUGAUUGUUUUAUAAAUAUGGUGGCAUUAAAAUAACAUGCUGCUAUAUAUUAACGGUUCAGCCGGCCUCACCUCCAGAGUUUACAACAUGGAGGGAUGAAAUAUGGCAAAAAAAGACACCUCUUCCUAAUUGUGGUGUCAAUUUCCAGCUGAGAGAAGAAAAUAGAUUUUUUUUAUAAAUGUGGGGACUGAAAAAGAUCAUCACUAAAAUAAUAUGAUCCUAUACUUUCACAGUUCAGCUGGCCUCACCGCCAGAGUUUCUAACAUGGAGGGAAGUAAUAUGGCUAAAAAAGACUGCCCUCCCUUAUUGUGGUGUCAGUUUCCAGCUCAGAGAAGUAAAUUUGUUUUUUCUCCCUGAAAAGUCUCAUUAAAGUGAAUCAGAAACACCACAUGAUAGAAAAUCUGCUGUGGUCAACAUCGUUGCUGCAGACAGCCAAACUCCAGGUGAUCUUUGAAUAUUUAUUUCCUACAUCUGUGAUAUAUAACUUGCAUUUGGCAUUAAAAUAAUUCCUUAGACUCCAGUUAUAAUAUCAUUAAUAUUCCUUACAUUUUUAUGGUGGUCGGCCCUUAAGAUGGCAGCACAAAAAAGCAUGUUGUGGCUCAGAAGAGGCACACAGGAAGGAUACCAGCUGAACCCCAGCCUGAACCGUCCCAGACAGAGAAGAUGUGCUGUGUCAGUUUCAGUUAUUGUUUUUAAUAUAAUUAUAAGUGGUGGGGGCCAGGCAGUGAUAUGUCAGUUUACAGCAGAGAUAAACUACUCUCUCUGACUGUAAAUGAGACUUUUAAAUCGAUUUAAGAAAGCCUGAAAAGUCCUAUGGGAUAUAAAAACAAAUGAAGAGUUUGCUAUCACGUCUAGUCCUCAUUUAAAUAGCUUUAUUGCCAAACACAUCAGCCUCCAGCUGUUUCACCAUGCGCUUUGCUUAGUGGUGGGUUAGAAUGAUUUUCUCCAGACAUGCUGAUUGUGAUCUAGUUUAAAGUUGUUCUUGUGUCUGUUUAUGGUCAGCUAUAACAGACAUUCUAGAGGCAGACAGUUACAUGAAGAGUGUUGGAGGAACACUCACCUCACGUUUAACCCUUAUCUCUAUCAAAGCAGUCUAAGAUAAUUCCUAAUGAAGAAAAUGAAUGUGUAAUUCUUCCUCUUGAGUUUCAUCUUUUUUUUUUUUCACAAAUAACUGCAGUUUUUUUUUUUUCUGCUUGAAUCUCCCAUGAUAUUUUCCAAAGUGAUGUUACUGGAGCUUCAAUAAUUAUGGAAAGAAAUCUUUUUUUAAAGUAAAUCAAUGAAGAAAUGUGCAUUCAUAAAAUAAACACUGCACAAAAAGGAAACACGACAUUAGUGUUUGGUAGAUUAUUUCUUUGUAGUAACUAUGUUUCUUGGUAAUAAAUCUUAUACCGUUGGAAAGUCUGUUUAUUUCCCUU